AUGGUUGUGUUCAUCCGAUCUGACGUAGAAACGAUUGACCCCGAAGACGUCUUUUUUCUCUUCCUAGACAUUCAAACUACACAGUUCAUCCAAGUUGCAACCCUCACUGUACUAGUGUAUGAUAUACUUCUCACAGUGGAUAAAGAAAUCAAGUACUUUUGGAAGUCGCCGAUGAGGACAGUAAAUGCUGUUUUCUUUGCGUCGGCAUCGUCAUUAACACUCGUAUAUCCAGAUAUUCUCGUGAUUCGAAUACUUGCUCUUUACUCUCGAGACCGAAGACUCGCGACUUUCCUCAAAGCCUUACUAGCGGUGGAAGCUGCCUCUAAAUUGACACUCAUGAUUUAUAACACCUAUACUCAGAGAAUUACGAUUGGAGCAAUCGGCGAUGGAAGAAUAUUUUGCACUUGCCACCAAGGUACGCCGUACGUAUGGGGAAUUUUAAAUUGGAUCAUUCCGCUGUCGUUUGGAUCUCUCUUGAUGAUUCUAGCGGUAUACAAAGCCGCUGAGUUCUGGAAAAUGUCCGCAGGCCUCACGGGCUUUUCUUUGGUAAAAGUCCUCAUCCAGGACCAGCUCAUAUAUUACGCUUUAGUGAUCUCCUGCUGCGUAUUCGACAUACUUCAGUUCUCCGAUUUUGCUGAGUCCUGGACAGCGGACCUCUUCGCGGCGCUCGGUAGUCCGAUAUUCCUUUGCAUCCUAGGCAGCCGUUUACUGUUCAAUUUGAAGGAGGCAGGAGAACGUGGUCUUAACGAGGGAACCAGCUACCGGCCAAAAGAUGUUAGUGAGAUGGAGUUUUGUGCAGUUUAA